AUGGAGGCAAUUUCCUCAGGAUGGGGUGCACCACCGGUCCGGGGGUCACCGAGUUUUGUUAACAAGGUGGUUAGUUGUAGGAGAGCGAUUUCCCGUUGGCGGAAAGAACAGGCACCGUAUGGUAGGGUGUUAAUCGAGGAUAUUAAAAAGGAACUGGAGGCGGCCCAGGCUGAUGAUGCAACAUCCCCUGAGGUAAUCGCUGAGUUAACGGGUCGCCUGAGGGAGGCAUAUAAGGAUGAGGAGAUGCAUUGGUAUUUGAAAAGUAGAAACCGGUGGAUGCGGGUGGGUGACAAGAAUACUAAGUAUUUUCACGCCCAAACCAAACAAAGGCGGGCUCAUAAUAGGAUUGUCGGUCUUUACGACAAGCAUGAUGUUUGGUCUAUGGAUGACGUAACGGUUAAAGAAACCGCGGUCAAAUCCGUUAUUACGGCAGUGGAUAAUGAACGAUUAACGGCUCCGGAAACGGAGGCGGAAGUCAGAAAGGCGUUAUUUAUGAUGCAUCCAGAUAAAGCUCCAGGCCCUGAUGGAAUGACUGCUUUGUUUUUCCAGAAGGCAUGGGAAGUGGUCAAGACAGAUCUGGUUUCUCUGGUUAAUAGUUUCUUUGAGGAAAACGCCUUCGAGUCGGGGAUGAAUCAGACACAUAUAUGCCUGAUUCCCAAGGUCACAAAACCGACCCGAAUGGCGGAGUUACGUCCGAUUAGUUUAUGCAAUGUGGGAUACAAGGUUCUAUCAAAGGUUUUGUGUAAUCGUUUGAAGACGAUUUUACCUCGUUUAAUCUCAGAAACUCAGUCUGCCUUUGUUCCUGGUCGUUUGAUCUCAGAUAACAUUCUGAUUGCUCAAGAGAUGUUUCAUGGUUUGCGGACUAAUAACUCUUGUAAGGGAAAGUUUAUGGCAAUUAAGACGGAUAUGAGUAAGGCAUAUGAUAGAGUGGAGUGGGGUUUUCUUGGGGCUUUAUUUCGCCGAAUGGGUUUUGCGGAAAAAUGGAUUUCAUGGAUAAUGUUCUGUGUCUCCUCGGUUCAGUAUCAAGUUUUAAUUAAUGGGCAGCCACAUGGUCAGAUUAUACCUGAGAGAGGAUUACGGCAGGGGGAUCCCCUAUCUCCUUACCUGUUUAUUCUCUGCACGGAGGUUCUAAUAGCGAAUAUUCGAAAAGCGGAAGCGGAUAAGCGGAUCACGGGGAUUAAGGUGGCCAACAAGUGUCCCCCUAUAACGCAUUUGUUGUUUGCAGAUGAUAGUCUCUUCUUCUGCAAGGUAGAUAAGGAUCAGUGUGGAGUUGUUUUGGAUAUUUUAAAGCAGUAUGAGGCUGCUUCUGGACAGCAGAUAAAUUUUGCAAAGUCUUCACUCCAGUUUGGACAUACGGUUGAUGAUCCAGCUAGAUUGGAGAUGCAGGGGAUUCUGGGAAUUUCCAAUCUGGGUGGGAUGGGUUCAUAUUUAGGUAUACCAGAGAGUUUGGGGGGGUCUAAGACGAAGGUCUUCUCUUUUGUUCGGGAUAGGUUACAGAGCCGCACAACUGGUUGGACGGCUAGAUUGUUAUCAAAAGGGGGCAAAGAGGUUAUGGUUAAGUCAGUUGCGACUGCUGUCCCGAGAGGGGGUAUACAUUGGUUAGCUUGGGACAAACUCUGCAGUAGCAAACAGUUAGGUGGUUUGGGUUUCAGAAAUGUUGAUGAUUUCAAUACGGCAUUACUGGCUAAACAGUUAUGGCGACUGAUUGAGUUCCCGGACUCUCUGUUUGCCAGAGUUUUUAAAAGUAGGUACUACCGGAAUUCGAAUCCGAUGGAACCAUUGCGGUUCUACUCCCCUUCCUAUGGAUGGAGGAGUAUUGUCUCUGCUCGCUCUUUGGNUGAAUCCAAUGGAACCUUUGCGNUAGAUCCUAAUCUUUCCUUAUCUCAUUUUAUUGAUCCUUCCACGCGCACUUGGCGACGGGAUCGCCUUAUCGAGCAUUUCGAUUCUGUCGAUGUUCCUUUGAUACAGGCAAUUCCUCUCAGUAGUUAUCCGAAAGGGGAUUCCUUGGGGUGGCAUUUUACAAAGUCUGGCAGAUAUUCGGUUAAAUCAGGGUAUGACACAGUGCGACUGGGUGUUCCCAGCUUUUUCAAAGCAUUUGGGUCGGGGCCGGAUAUUACCACUCUCCUUGCCGGGGUUUGGCAAGUGCGGUGUCCACCAAAAUUAAAGCAUUUCAUGUGGCAAGCUCUUACUGGUUGUAUUUCUGUUUCGGCGAAUCUGAGACGGCGUGGUGUUGCAUGUGAUGUUGGUUGUUCGAGGUGCGGGGCGGAGGAAGAAACUGUUAACCAUGUUCUUUUUCUUUGUCCUCCUGCACGUCAGGCCUGGGCUCUGGCUCAUGUACCGGUGGGUCCGCAUCAUUUUCCGACAGAGUCAAUUUAUGCUAAUGUGGAUCACUUUAUAGGACGGAACAACCCGGGUUCACAGGUGGAUUUUUUCCCUUGGCUUAUGUGGUAUAUUUUGAAAGCACGCAAUGCCAAGGUUUUUGAAAACCAUACGGAACACCCUGAUGAGGUAGUACAGUUGGCCGAAGGGGAGGCGGCCUCUUGGUUUCUGGCUCAGACAGAGGAGGGGGAUUUCGUGGGACCGUCACCUCCUUCCUUUUCUGCUCGGACGCCUCGUGGAUGUCCCAAUUCCCUUUCUUCGGUGUUUUCUGGAUAUCGAUGUUUUGUUGACGGCUCUUGGAAAGAGUCCGAUGUUUUUUCAGGUGCAUGA